AUGGAAGACAUUUAUUCUACCUCCAAUCGGUUUAUUAAGCUUGUUGGGUAUCCAGAAACAUUAAAUAAUGACGAAACCAUAGAAACUAAAGAGAGCAAGCAAUUAUCAUCAAAUUUAAUAAUUAAAGUGUUAGAUGCAACAACCGAAGAUCCCUUCACACUAGAAUCUUUUGAUACCUUGAUUCAACAACAUGCUGAAAAAAACAAAGAUUUUAUUUUAGCAAAAGUUGCAACUGCUGACCCAGUAGAUGACUCUAAAUUUUAUCAUUCAUACUAUUCCGCUCAUCAUAUAAAUAAAAUAUUAUUUAGAACACAACCUGAGCAAGGAUUAUUACAUAGAAUGAAAGCAAAAAAUCCCUUGAAUAAUAUGAAUAUAAUUGGUGAUGUACAUUACUACAUUAUCAAAGCCGAAUCUGUAAAACCAUUAUUUUCCUUAAUUAAAUCAUCAUCUAUGUCAGUAACAUCAAAAAAAACAUUACAUAUUAAAAAAGAAAGUAUAUCAUCUGUUGAGAUAACUGCCACUUCUGCUCUUGACAAUAUAGAAAAUGAUUUCUCGAUAGCAAUCGAUAUUAAUGAUGGAUUUAAUUCACCCACAAGAGAAAAAGUUGAUUCAAAAAUGGGCCGAGAGUCAAGAAGAUGGUCUAUUGGUGGUAGUAUACAAUCUCCAUUAAAAACAUUUCAACCUCGACAAUCUCGGAUAAAAAAACACAAUUCAUUAUCAUCUUUUAGUGGUGCUUUAGAAAUUGAAUUACAAGCUAUAGAAUCAAAAAUUCAAUCAAUAAAUGAUUAUGAUUAUAACAAAGAACAAUCAAAUAAUGAUAAUUCAAUAUCGUCAUCUUCUACUGACGAAUUUACCAAUAAUAAUACAAUGACUUCUUCAAUACCUAAGGAUGAUGAUCCUGAAAAAAAUCAAAUGAUUUUUUACGAAGCAUUGUUUUAUGCUACUGAUGAUGAUUUCUUAACACGUUCGUCAGUACGUCAAUACUUUAAAUCAAAUGCAUUAGAUUAUAUGGAUGCUCAACUUUUUACUAUCAAUGCUGUGCCGCAAAGUCCUCAUGCCACCAAUGCAUUAAACUCUACCCCCCCUAGUGCUCAAUUGGAACGUAUAAUGACGGAUAAUAACAAUGAUAAUAAUGGCUAUCUAAUGGAUCCAUUUAUUACAAAUUCAAGAAGAGGUUCAGCUUCACAAGAAGUCACUGGGUCAUGGUGGUCAAGACCUUUACACGGUUUGUGGUCAGCGAAACUUAUGCUUAUCUUAUGGCAUUUCUCUUAA